GCCUGCCUUUGGUGGUGGUGGCGGAAGGAAGGCAGAAUGGCGGCCAUGCGGAGGCUCCUUCAGCAGCUCCAGCCCGUCCUCGCGCAGCAAGCCGCCCUCCGCCGUGUCCCCCACUGCCGCCGCCUCCACUCCCCCUUCCCCCUCGCUGCCGCCUCCGCCUCCCCGCCCGCACCCGCGCCCGCCGCGCACUCCCCCUCCCCGACGCCUCGCCUCCUGCCCCGCAGCACCGGCUCGCUCCUGCCGGCGAGCGCCGGUGCCGUCGUGGCGGCCGCCCGGACCGACACCGCGCGCAACGCUGGGCCCCUCGACGAGCCGCUCUCUCUGCAGCUAAGCAGGGCCUCGGACUGCUUCGCCUCGUCAUCGUCGACAUUGCUCCACGGCGUCGCCGCGCCAUGGGCGCACUGGGCAACAACCCCAGCCGACGACAUGGUAUUGAUGCUCGCCGGCGCCAAUGUGGCCGUCUACGGGCUCUGGCGCCUGGCAGAUCCCAAUUUCGGGCUGGGUCCUUCCAUGAGGAUUUGGCUGGACACGUACACUGGCGGGCGGCUGCACACAUUGCUCACGAGCGCUCUCAGCCACGUGGAUCUGAGGUUCAUGGCGGAUCAUUUCAUGAUUUCGCUGGACAAUUUCAAGAGCUUGCGGUUGCACACACUCCUCACCUGUGCGUUCAGCCACAAAGAUGCCAACCACCUCUUCCAUAACAUGAUGGGCCUCUACUUCUUUGGUUCAAGCAUUGCCCGCACGUUUGGUCCUGAUUUUCUUUUGAAGUUGUACGUGCAAGGAGCACUUCUUGGAUCUGCAUUCUACUUGACAGAAAUGGCUUUUCUAGCGCCACAGAAAGAGGGUUUUGGAGGAUGGAACACUCCUGCGCUUGGUGCGAGUGCUGCAGUUAAUGCAACUGUCCUUCUCUACAUUUUUCUGUAUCCCACCAAUAUACUCUACUUACACUUCCUCAUUCCUCUUCCAGCUGCAUUAGUGGGAGCUUAUUUGAUUGGUGCUGAUCUCCGGAGGGUGAAGAAGGGCAACAGUCGCGUGGCAGGUUCUGCUCAUCUAGGGGGUGCUGUUGUCGCCGCGCUUGUAUUCGCUGAAAUGAAGGGCUGGAUCUGAUCAUGCAGCUCACUCAUACUGAUAUGCAGUAAAAGCCAGUGUCCUGCCUCCGCAGUGGUAGCCUGUUGGGUUGAAAUCUUCUGUUAUUUCACUAGUGUCGGCCCGAGGGAUGACUCGUAGAACAUGAUACUCAUUGUCCAAGCUCCUGCGGUAGAAGUCCUUAAACAAAUUGCAGAUAUCGCCGACUCACUGGUAGAAAUCUGUGGAUUUAUCUUCGCAUGAGCCACCCUCAAACAUUAAAGAACUAGGAAUGUGUUGUUAAA